AAAUGAAUUCGUUAUGUUAAUUGGAAAAUAUCUUUUAUUUAUUUUUGUUUACAAAUAUAUAGUGUUUAACUUUUCAUUUAAUAACAUUGCUUUUGACUUUGGAGAAAACCCAAACUUUCAUGAAAUACUUCCAUGAAAUGCUUAAGUGAUGAAGUUGAAACUCUGGGGUAUUUUAACAGUCAUAAAAACAUUUAUCAAUGCUAUCAGGAAGUAAUAAACAAUGUGGCCUUUUAAACUAAAUGCAGUCAUUCAUUUAGAUAAAGUUAGAUAAAUAUUCAUACCAAGAAGUACAUGUCACAGUUAUAUGUAAUAAAUAUGUAUCUACUUUAUGAGGAUUAAUCUAUGUGAAUUAAAAUCUUGGCAAAGACAAAUUGUAGAAUUGACAAUAUCUACUUCAAAAGUCAUUGCAGAAUAACAAAAGAUUCUAAAUGUUGCAUACACCAUGAUCUGAUCUAUAUAUACAGGGACAUGGUGGGAUUUAAGGCACAAAUAUUUCCUGCUAGAUAUACUGUAACAGAACUUACCAGUUGGUAUUUUAAACGCUUGAAAACGGAGUCGAAGGAAAACAAUUCGCGUUUCCUAUCUAUAAUCUGGAGACAUAUAGUCAAAGGUAGACAGUUGACCGCACGAGAUAUCCGUGAAGCGUGUGCAUUACAUUUAUAUACUAGCUGUAGGGACGGUACCCAUCCAAUGCUAAAUCGGAGGACCAUCGACAGAGGGAGAUUUUAGUUUCUUAUUUUAAUUGUGUGAGUUAAUUAAUAGAAGGUGAGAUUUACUAUUCUAUCAAACCAUAAUGUAUGAAUCGCAUAAGUUAUUGGUUGUAUUUUGAACUAACAAAAGUGAUUAAGACUUUUGUAUACACAAAGCAAGAGCCAGAAGCGGUAACAUUACAGAAUAUUUUUCUGUAAAAAUGUGAAUUAGGACAAAUCCAAAGUUAGUAAGCGUACCUAUUUCUUUCUAAGGUAAUUUUUCACUGCAUAUUCAAUCAAAUAUAUUUUUGUAACCAUACAUUUAACAAUCCAUUCUCUCUUUUAUUGCACAUGUACAUCAUGAACUUUGAUAUACCUAAUACAUGCUUUCCUCAGCAAGUUUCUGUUGAACAAGCUGCUGAAGAUAAAAGUGACAUUGCUUUUUCAAACGGUGCUUCAUUUUCUCCACUUAAUGUUGAAAGUGUCAGUUCAAAUAAUUAUCAACAAUUAAAAAGGAGACAUGUUACAUCUGGACAAAGUUUGGAAAAUGCACCAGGUACAAACGUGGUAGCAACAAAUCUACAUAGACCAACUAACCCAUCCAGGCACCCGGAAUAUACAGACUAUAGUCAAAGACUGAGGUCUUAUGCAAGAUGGACUUUAAGAAAUCCUGAUUCAGUUAGACUUUCUGAAGCUGGAUUUUUCUUUACAAAUCAGUAUGACUUGGUACGUUGUUUUCAAUGUGGUAUAGGACUUAAAGAUUUCUCGGAAGGAGACAAUCCAUUGAUGGAGCAUGUACGACAUUCUCCAAACUGUCAAUUUCUGGCCGAAUAUUUGGGAACUGAAAGAUUAUCUGCCAUUAAGAUCAAGUGCCAGACACUACAGCCAACACAGCAGUUAAUUACAAACACAGACUCGAACUUACAAUACCGGCAUCCCGAGUAUAAAACUAUGCAAGCCCGUCUUUCAUCUUUCGCUGGAUGGCCAGGACAUAUGAUUCAGACACCUCUGCAGUUGGCAGAGGCCGGACUCUAUUAUACUGGGUUUGAAGACCAAGUGCGUUGUUUCAUGUGCGACGGUGGAUUGCGGCGGUGGGACCCGGAAGAUGUUCCGUGGACAGAACAUUGUCGUUGGUUUCCGGAUUGUCCAUUUGUCAGGGAAAUGAAAGGCGAAGAAUUUGUAGCGCUUGUUCAAGCAUCAGCAAAUUAUACAAGUGGGGAAAAUGAAAACUCAACAAACGAGCAACAGGUGUUGGAUGGUCAAGAUAUUACAAAUACAAUGGAGCAGAUGUCACUGAGAGAUCCAGUGUUCAAAGCUGCUCUCCAGGAACAUAAAGACAUAUGUCUAGAAAUGGGCUUUCAGCGGACAGAUAUCAAUGACGCUGCAAAAGAGUUGAUAAAAAUGGGAAAUGUCAAACCGACUAUUGAUGAACUAUUAGACACAAUCGAGGUUCGCAAAGAAAGACAACUAAGAGAAAACGCACUAGCAAUGAAGCACAAUGAGACUCCUUUUGAGGAAAAUCAACGGUUGAAAAGUUUGAUUAUCUGCAUGACAUGCGGCAAAAACAACGUAAAUGUUCUAUUUCUGCCCUGUACGCACCAUCGAUUGUGCAUGGAGUGUGCAGAACCAAUGACAAAAUGUCCAGUAUGCAAAAUAUUCAUACGACAAAAGAUCCGGACAUACUUGGCAUAAAUCAAACCAGAAAGAAAUGUCGAGUUUUCAGCAAAAAUCAUUCUUUAUCUGACAUAUGUUUUCUAUUCAUAUGCCACCGACUCAACGUUGCUUUCUAGUUUGAUUUAUUCCAAGUAAGAAAAUAUGUGCAAAAUAGGACUUUGUUUAAUCUUUCGAAGCAUUUGCUCAUUUAGAUGAUUACGUGGUCCCAUCACUAUUAGUUUUUUUUCUAUUUCUAUAUACUUGUAUGAAUUUGUGUAAGUGAUAUGAUAAAAUGACAAAUACUGAAUAAAAUGCAAAUUACUGAUUCAUUUAUGAAUAGUUUCAUCUGUUUAUCAUAAUUCCAAGUACUGAAAGUCAAAUGCUUCAAAAUGAAGGAAAUUAAUUAAUUUAAUUUGGAAUAUUAUCUCACCUUUGUGUAUCUGUCUGUCAGCUUAUCUGUCAAAAGGUCAUUCAAUAAAGAGUUCAAGAACAUUAAUAUUUAUUUAUAAAGCACUACAUGAAUAUCGAUGUAUUAAAUAAAACACAAAUGCUGA